CUUGACAUGUCAUUUCUUACAUCAGAGAUAUUUUUAUCGAAGUAAAUCAUUCAAAAACUAUUCAAUAAAGUGAUCAAAAAUUUAAUCCAAGCGGCAAAUCAUUUACCAAAAAGUGGAAUUUUGUUCAAAUUGAAUUGAACAAUGGCAUUUUCGUUUGGUGAUUCAUCUCCGCAUUAUAACGACUAUGAUUAUGAUGACUAUGAAGAUGACGAUCCUUUUGUUGAUUGCAAAUUUUGUGACGAGCCAGUGCUGUCAAGUCGCAUGGAAAAGCCAUAACCAUUGCCGUGAAUGUGACUAUAUGAACGGUGAAUCUCUUAAGGCGCACAUCGAGCAAAGCAUAUGGUUUCAUGUAAAUAUUGCGAUGCAAAAAGAUUUGCUGAUGAAUUGACGCAUUCGGUGGUUGGUUUAGUUCAGCUUGGAAAACUCACCGAUGAACGAUUCAACCAGCUUGUUGCCGAAAAUCGCAUCUACGCCAAGGAAGGAUGUCUCUAUAUCAAAGAUCCCAACGAAUGCCGAAUAUUUCUGGACAACCCUGAAUGGAAUCGAUCUGUCAAGGCGGUUUUGACGUUCCACAAUCACAAGUGUCAAACAAUUUAUCAAGAAAGGCAUUACAACACACGAGUGCUGAUAAAACAAAUCAUUAUUUUGAUUUUAAUUCAACUUUAUUUUAUCUAUACAAGUGAUUGGUGUUUUAUUUUGAGCCUAUCGAAAUGUCAGACAAUAGAAGUGGUCUCUUGCAAAAGAUUCAAAGUUUAUAUUUGAAUCCGGAUGGUGCUGAUGUUUGGUUCGAUUUUGACGAUGAUCAUGUUCCUGGGCACAAAUUUGUAUUAACUGCCACUAGCCCAUGGCUAAACACAAUGUUCAAUGGAUCACUGCCGGAGACUGGAAAUGUUGAUAUGACCAAUUCACAAGUGACAGUCGCUGCGUUUAAAGAAUUUUUACAAUUUUUUUACUUGGAAAAUGUAACGCUUACAAUAGAUAAUAUUGAGGGUGUUUUUCAUUUGGCCAAACAAUCAUUAUCGAAAGAUAUUUUUGCGAAAUGUGAACAAUUUCUAAUCAGAUCGUUAACAAUGGAUAAAAUGUUCUAUGGAUACCAAUUGGCGCUACUGUACGAGGCGGAUGAAUUGAGGGCGUUCUGUGAAAAUGAGAUUUGUGUCAAUGCAGAAUCGACAUUUAAAUCAUCAAGUUUUUUGGAUUUUCCGUAUUCGAUGCUGAAACCAAUUUUGGAAUGUGAUUCAUUGGUCUGUGAAGAAAAAGACAUUUUUGAUGCGUGUAUCGCAUGGGCAAAAGCGGCUUGUGAUCGAAACCAGCAAGUUUCAACAAAAGCCGAAAAUCUACGAGCUCAACUUAAGGACUUAAUUUAUCAAAUUCGAUUCAGUUCAAUGACAAAAGAAGAAGCGGCCGCAUGCAUCAGAUCAUGUCACGGCUUAUUCACGGCAACCGAACUAGAAGAAAUCAUGUGUAUGGUUGGUCGUGCAUCUGAUUUUCAAGUAAAAAAGUUCAAUUGGACACCACGGUAUUAUAAUCCGAAGUUGAACGGAGACAGAGACCAUCAGUUGCUCUGCUGUCGAUAUAAACGUUUUGAUAUGGCUGACGACGAAUAUGCCUUCGAAACAAUCGAAACACUUGCAUUGACUUGCAAUCGUCGCGUUGUAUUGAAUGGUUUCUAUUGUGAAAGUACGAGCUAUGGUGCAGCACUGGUUACGGUCACAAUUGGCGAAGUAAAAUCUACGUCCACUGAAAAUGUGAUUGAACGCUAUAAUGAUCAAAUGGUUAUUGAUUUUCCUGUCAAUGGAACGUAUAGAAAUUAUGAGCAAUAUGAUGAGCAUUAUGAUGGUUGGAAUAUCAGACGAGUGACACUUCAUAAAGGAUACAUUCAGUUGAACAAAGCAAUUUUAUUGCGGCCCAAUUACAAUUACGUGAUUGCGAUGAGAUUCAAAAAUAAAGUUUACAUUCGUGCACUUAACGGUGAAUUAGCAACUAAAGUUAGAGUUGAUCACGACAUUGUGAUUAAAUUUCAUAACCGUGGAGUAAUCACUCAGCUCAGUCUCAGUCGAUUUGAUAGAAAAACCUAUCUUCAAAAAAUUGUUCACAAUCCCAAAACGUGGAUUCUGGUAUCAAUGGUUGGAGUUUCGUUAUACUUCUUCAGAAACCAAUGGGUUCCGAAAUUGAACAUUUUACCAUCUUCAAACCUUUUGAAAUCAGAAAUUUUACCAUUUCCAGACGUAUUGGAAAAUCAUCAAUCAGAAAAUUUCAUGGUGCAUCUAUUUAAAAAUGUGAUUUCACCCAAAUUUUCUUUUUGAAAAUUCACUUGUUUAUUUUAGUUCAUUCAAUUGAAAUGUAACGCUAGAAGAAAAGAAUUUUUACGUGUUGAUACGAUGGAGUCGUGACGAAACGGAAAAUAACAGUUAAAUGAACUAAUCGCUCUAAGUUUAGUUUAUUUAAAAGUAGUGAUAUCAGAUUUUUUUCAUUCAAAUUUGUAAUCAUUCGAAAUCGACCUUUUCUUACUUUUGAAUAAAGAAAAAAAUAUAAAUGAAUGAAA